UAGGUUCUCUGUCACCGCCGAGUGUUGACGUAUCCGCCACGAUCGCGAUUAUGCCACUCGCUUGAUAACUGAGCGGUUUCGUCCCGCUGAAAUUAUGACUUAUGGACUGAUCGCCGGGGAACAAGACAGCGGCAGUUUUUUAAUUCUAGAGCGAAAAUUAAGAAUAGUUUCCAGAUAUUGGGAAGUCUUCGGCGAUAAGUCCGCCGAGAGGCUCCCGCGUCGGAACAAGCAGAAACCACUUUUUGGACUGCAUUAAACUUUUCUGGACUUGAACGAAUUAAUCUUUAGUGUUAAGUGCAAUAGGUGAACUGUGUUUGUGUUGUUUAGGGGGCUUUUUUUUGGAUUAGCAUAAUGGUACCCCAACAAAUUUCGGAUGUGCGGUCCCUGACGCCUACUUCAAGUGGGGUCCCGGUGUUUGGAUCGCAACUGGUCGACAAAAAUUCAUCAACGCCAUAUACUGAUGCCACACAGACAAAAAAGAACAAUCCAAAUCACAUUAAGAGGCCAAUGAACGCUUUCAUGGUAUGGUCACAAAUAGAACGCAGAAAAAUUUGCGAACAAACGCCAGAUAUGCAUAAUGCAGAAAUUUCCAAAAACUUGGGCAGAGUAUGGAAAACAUUAAAUGAUGAAGAAAGGCAGCCCUUCAUAGACGAGGCGGAAAGGCUCAGGCAGCUACAUAUGCGCGAGUAUCCCGACUACAAAUACAGGCCUCGUAAGAAAACGGCGAAGCCGGCGCAACGGAGUGGCGCUAUAACGAAGCAAAAACGUAAACAACGGGCUGACAGCAAUAACAACAGAGGAGUAUCGAGGAGGCGGACGCGGCCAGUUCCUAGUGUUCCAAGUGUACCUAUGGAAACACCCGCCCCUCCACCGCUACCCGCGUCCCCUGCGGGGGCGCCUGAUUCCCCUGAAUCGGCCUGUUUCUAUGAUGACAACACGCGGCGUGAGCAGACAGACCUAACGGACCUUUACUCGAUCACGGAUUUGCUACCAUUACCAGCAGAUUGUGAGGUCGAUCUAGAUGCAUUGACGGACAUGGAGUCCUUCGAGACGGCAUCCUCCUCUUCCGGAUCGCAUUUUGAGUUCUCAUGCACGCCGGACGUGUCUGACAUGCUAAGCGAAAUCGGCGUAGCGGGUGAUUGGGACGAUCACACGUUCUCGUCGUACCUCACGUCGUCUUAAAGAGGUGCUCGGGUCGCCACGGCUGCUGGCCGAUACCACUGAUCUCAUUUUCGAGCCGCCACACGGGGGCCGACGACGCGGCGACCGCUCGCCGCCCCGCCUAGAGAGUGCCUACAUCCAAUUGACGUGUCGACAUUUGGAUUCAAUGUACAAAGUUAUUUAAUAAGAUUUGAGGGUGAAAUUUUUUUUCUAAGUUCAACAGCUACAUGGCUGCGUUCGUCUUCAGUUUUCUUGAUUUAAUAUUUCAUUUAAAAUGCGAACUAUUCGACAACGGCUCCCCGGUGUAGUGCCGGGUUUUAAACCAUAGGCUGUGAGUUGGUUCUCGUUUCAAGGUGUUGCUUUUCUUAGAUUUGUUUUUAAUGUAAUCGGGGUGAUUUCCAAACGGCACGUCUCAGACGCAUCUCAGUAAAUAAUCCGUCUUACUCUCCGUCGCCUGAUUAGCAAGCUACGGUCCAGUCAGGUCACUCGCAUGUAUGCACCGCGUUGUCGCGUCCGUAUUCUAUAUUUGUACAUUACUCGACUUGGCUUCUAAAAUAAGUUCGCAAAACCUUCGCUUUUAAUUUUACUUCCUUAACAAUUUUAUUGUAAGAACUUUGAAUUGUUAAUUUACGUUUAAAUUUCGUAGUUGAAACAUAUAUCGUUCGAUUGAUAGAAAAAUAAGACUAGGUUAAAAUCAUAUUCGUCUUGCGUUCAUUUAACGUACGUAAGUUCACUUUAUACUUUGAUGCACACAUAGUUAAUAGUUCGUCCUUUAUAAUUUUACUCUUGGAAGCUAAUCGGUAUGUCAUUUGAGGAAUUUCGGAGAGCGGAACUUUCGAGUAAGGAUUUUUGGAAGGAGUUGGUCCCUUGCCAUGUUGAGUUUCUCGUUUUUUGAAACAAGCCACGCGUGUAAUUUUGUCAUUCUUUACUCUUUUAUUGAUCGCGCGUGACUUUUUUCAAACCCAUUCAAUGAAACAAUGGCAAGGGAAUUGUGUAGGUGUUUCGAGUUGAUACGUCUUGCUAUAGUGUAUGUAAGGUUGUUGUAGAAUAAGUUCAAUGGUAAGGUACGAUGCGAACCUCAGGAUCGAUGCGAAGGGACACUUCAAAUUUCUUCUUCUCUUCAGUUUACAUCUUCACGCUUCAAUAUAAAAAAAAACGUCUAUAGAAAGAUACAUAUCAAUAAAGAAAAUGUAUUAGUUCGCGGGACGGUGAAAAAAAUAUUCGUAUGAAGAAAAUACUAGUUCGGUACCCAAUAAAUAUUUUGCUGUUUAAACUCUGUGAUUUACUUUAUGAAUUUUCUAAAUUAUAAGAAUCUAGUGGAGACUGAUAUCGCAUAGAUUAGUUUUAGCAGCGCUAGCUUCUCUAACUUUUUUAAUUUUUAGAACUGGGCAUAAUUUAGUAAAAAACAAUACUUACAUAUUUUUGAUAAUUUGCUUUUCUGUGGAAAUCGGGAUGUGAUCUCAUAAAACAUUAGCAAACGUCGAAUUCCUAUAAAGAAGCUGGAUAACGUUUUUUACAAAUUUAUAGUUGCAAAUAUCAAUAUCGAAUCUUUCCCGUCCGAUGUCCACAGCAAAGCACGAGCUAAACACAAUUUGUAUAAAAUUUCGCAAAAAAAAAGAAACUGUCAAUUCAUUGAAAAUGACGUCAGUUAGUAAGCGGGGUAAAGUUUCAGAAAUGAAUAUUACCUCAGUCAUUAUAAGAUAUAAUUAUAAAUCUUCUAAAAUAUACUGUUUCAGAUAACGAAAACAAUAUUUGUAGAUAUUCUGUGUCCCUAAGAUACAUAUAUUUCAUAAUAAGGGAUCCGUUGUGCUCUGAUCGAUAAAAAAAGUAAAUGCUUUACUUAUAUUAUUAUAUUCUUAUAAAUAUAUUAUGUAAAAAUGACUUCGUGUAAUAAUUAGUGAGUGUCUACGAAAUCCAAUUAUUUUUAAAGAAAUGCAUAAAUACAUGUUAUGUAUACAUUGUAAUGUAAAACUGUAAGUAACUGUCUUGUGUGUUGUAGACGAUAUUAUGUAUAAUACUUAUAUUAAUAAUAAAAAGGAGAAAUAAAUUUGUGCCUAAUGAAUUACUUGGAAAAAAAUAAUAAUUUCAUAAUAUGUAUAUUUUAGUGAUGCUCAAUAUCUUUAUAAGCGCGUAGUGGAUUAGUUGCUGUUAAACAAAUCAUUGUAACAUCGUAAACUUAGUCGUUUCGGAUGCCAGAUAUGCAUUUUGCUUUUCAUUAUAUGGCUUUGCUAUCACGCUGCUAAUUUAAAGAUACCACUUGCGUAUUCAAUCAUACGAUUUAUACAAUCAAUUCUAAUUGUUGCAUACACUUUCAAACUUAAGGCUAUUAACAAAUGAAAUCAAAGAUCUGAAUGUUGCUGUGACAAUUAGUUUGGCAAUAAUAUCUACGUACACUGCAUACGGUAUUAACUUAACUUCUAGUAUUAUAAUGAAAGAAGUGUUUGGUAAUGUAUCGAUUUCUGAAUUUUCAUUGCGAACACUUUCGUCAUUAACAAGUUUGAAUAAUACAUCGUCUAUUCUAUCAUUUCGCGAUACGUAAAUUUUUAAAGGUUUUCGUGAUAGAUUUGAAAUAGCUUUCGCUUCGACUAAUUCAUUUAUACUCGUUUGGAAUUUAACUAUGCAAAAUCUUUGCAUGAUGUUUAAAAAGCAAUACUGAUAGUAACACAAUCGCUCAAAUUAGAAUUUAAUCUCCUUCACUAUUAAAAAUUACACCAUCGAAGUUUUAAUAAAUAUAUACGUUAGUAGAAUCAUCGGUCCCAUCGUUAUCAUCACUGUCAAUUUCAAUUAUCCGCUAUGUUGUAGUUAUGAGGAGAAUAAUUAGCAUAACCCCGAGAGUAUUUGUAAAACAACAUCGAAUUUAUUGUUGUAUUUAGCGCUUCUUGUUGUGGUUUUUCAAUAAUUGGAAUUAUCAGGGUUUCGAUGUUUUGUUUGAAAUUAAGAUUGUAAAAAGGAAAUCUUUUGUAAAAAAAAAAUAGUUAUCCUUUUAUUCCCUUGAUGUAAUCUGUUCUAAAAUGUUUCGAAUUCUUUGCUUAAAUGUAUAAGCAUCUUCUUUCGUAGCCUUUUUAAAAAUCUAUCGAGGUAUUUUAUAAAAUUGUAAAUAAAUAAGUAUUGAAACUGUUUAUAAUAAUGUAAAAGUCAAAAUAAAGCGACACUGUGACAAAAAAUUAGAGGGUAUAUAUACGCGUCUCAAAGAAAAUAAAUAUCAUAGAAGACGUAGUUAGUUGUUGUAGGUUAUAUAUGUAAUUAAAAUAAAAACAUUGUUGUGUACUACUUUAUGAACUCACGGCAUUUGAUUCUAUAAAAACUUUACAUUGAGAAAGGAUAGAAUCAGAUGACUCGAGUCAAACUCUUCAGUUAAUAUCUAUGAUUCUCUAAACUACAUCGAUGAAACAUUUGCCAAUAUUUUAAACAUCCUCGAAGUUAAACAAAAAUCAUAAAAAAUACGAGAUAUGAUCUCGUUUAACACCAAAACGAUGAACAGGAUGAAGCUUAGAGAAUUAAAGAUUAUCUAACUUUAAAUCUAUGCUUACAAAAUCGCUUGUAAUACAAGUAGAUUGAUGUUUUCUUGCUGCAUUGUAUGUAGGCUAAAAUUGUGUAUAUUCGACAUUAUACAUAAGACAUUUAAAAGCGUUUCGAUUGAUGAAAAUGUUAGUGAUUCAUUCACAGAACUGAAAGCGUUAAAAAUAUUCUCGUUAUGUUGUUUGAAAAAAAAAAAUGAUGUCUAUAUCUCUGUAUAAUAUGUAUGUAUUACUGUUGUUGAUUUAUUUAAUAAGCGUCUUCUAUCGUAAGAUUUUGUUUAAAACAUUUCCUUCUUAAAACUUUGAGACACAACGAAUUAUGUUUACUUUGAUCAAUAGCACAUAAUCCCUAUAAAUAUAUAAUAAUAAUAACUGAUAUAUAAUUGGUGUCUAUAGGAAGAUUAAAUUAAAACAAUAAUAAUAAUUAACCAUUGUAUUCUAUGUCAACUUCUACCUGUAGUGGAUGCAUAUUAUAAUGAUAAUAUAAAAUUGUUGUUGACGUAGCUCUGUCAUUAAUAGUUAUUGGUAUAAUGAUAAAUUUAAUGAUAAUUAUAAAACAAACGAAAACUUCGCACAAUCUGAGUCAAGGAACUAACAUAGGAAGUAUAAUAUAGGUAUUAAUAAUAAUAUACAUAGUAACAUAUAAAAUACAGAUGUAAGUGUAUACAGAUACUUUCAACAAGAUUUCUUCUUUGAAAAAAAAAAAAAAACUUAUCUUUUUAAUUUUUCUGUGUUGUGUUGAUCUGCCAGUUUAAUUAUUGUAAAUUUUCUUACGUAGAAUAUAAAAAUCUAAAUAUUUAUCAUUCGUUUCCUUCUACCCUGAGUUUUUAAUUGUUAUCGAUAUGUAGGUUUUCGAUCAAAUUUUUAAGGAACAAAAAAAAAUUAUUAAAAAAAUGGUCCAUUAAAUUCUAUCAAGUAAUAAUAAGAUAAAUUUAAUAUUAGUAGCAGCAAAUGUAUACUUAAAAUGUGUGCUUAUAUUUCGUAUUAAUGAAAGAGUACGUAACAUGCCAAACGAAAUCAAAUUCUUGAAGCUAAUAAGCAUGGCUUUAAACAUUAUUAUGGGACUGAAGUUUCAUGUCAUUAUUAUCAUUUUGUUCUUUUACCAUUGGACAUUGUAAAUAACUUGUUAAUAAGCUACUUAAGGCCACAUAUUUUUUAGAAUUUCUUUAUAAAUCACACAUUAACCGUGUGUUCCGAUUCAUUCUAGUCUACGAAGAUUUUGGGCAAGUUAAGACAAUAUCAGAUUCUCUCGUGUCUUCACCGAUUCGAGUCAAUUCACUUGCGUGUUUUUCUUGAGGACAAUCGUGGCCUUUUUCGUAAUUGAUACCUGAUUUUUUAUUAUUUUUUUUUCAAUUGAUACCAAAAAAUAUUGAAGUUGUUAGACACCGUUACCGAUGGAUCUCUCUUUUUUAGCACUAAACAGUUACGGUUUUUUGGCUUACCAAAUAGUGGCGACGCUUCUGUGUUACCAACAUCGUAAUCGGUUCUAAAAUGUUGUACAUAUUAGAAGAACAUUGUUUUAAGUGAUACGCACGGUUCUUUACAAUGUGAAAAAUAUAACCCACUGUUGGGUUUUAUUUUAUUAAAAUCUAUUAUCCAGCAAGAGUUUUAGGAUUAAUUUUUUAAAUAUAAGUUAUUGUCAAGCGAGGUUUGUGUAGUUCUGGUAAAACUCCCUCGUCCGUUGUAUAAAUUAUUGACUCGUAUCUCGUAAGGUACAUUCUGUAACUGCAUAUAUUGUACGUAGUUUUUUAAACUGUUAAGUAUGAAAUAACUAAUAACAUAACUGUAGUUUUGGAUUUAAGGCAAACGUGUACAUUUUGUAUCGUACUUUGUUUCAAUAAUGAAUAUAUAUUAUUAUAUGGUAAAAAUAAAUGAUCAAGUUUUUAAAAAA